AUGACGCCACGCCCCGGAAAGGUGGAGGUGCCCAUCGCCGGGGAAGUGAUCAGCCGAAGACCAAAAGGAGCUGCGUCCCGCGCCCACUACAAGGCAACUCACAAAGAUGAGGGAGAGGAUGUUAGUCGUGAUCUACAAAAGAUCGUGCGCUUGGAUGGUCCUGCCAAGAUCAACUGGCUUUGCAAGGCACUUCCCCUGCUCAGACGCCGGUCAAUGACAGCGGCCCAGUUCCUCGAUAUCGUCUGCAAUCAGAGGUUUGCUGCGAACAUCGACGAUGUCAUGCCGUGGGGCACGCAGAUGAUCAGCAUGUUGCGGCGAGAGCUGGAUGACCUCCAGCCACAACAGGUUCGCUGA